AUGAUGGAGAGCCCUCGACGAUCAGAUGCAAGCACUCCUGUGGAGCCAUGCUCUCCCGUGUGCGUCGAUACGCCGGCAACGCAAUCAUCCGUCUUGUUUGAUGGCAAUUUCGAGGAGUUGCUGCGGAACUUCCCUCUCGAACAGUACAUUCUGGUCACCGGAGGCCUCGGGUUUAUCGGAAGUCACACAACAUUGGAGCUAUUGAAAGCCAACUACAACGUAAUUGUGAUCGACAACCUCAGCAACUCCUUCCAAGUCGUCUUCGACCGCAUCAAAACUCUAGCGUCAAAGCACCAUGAGCAACAUGGCACAAAGAUGCCGUCCAUGCACCUGCACGCCCACGACUACCGAGACACGGUUGCCCUCCGCGGCCUGCUCGAGCAAUACCAGGUCCAGUCCAGAUGGGGCUCGAUGAAGUCAAAAAUUUCCGGCGUCAUCCACUUUGCUGCGUACAAGGCUGUGGAGGAAAGCAUCCGGAACCCGUUGAAAUAUUAUGCAAACAAUGUUGGAGGUCUUGUGGAUUUUGCUACCACAUUGGGUGAAUUCGGCAUCAAAACUUUUGUCUUCUCUUCGUCGGCCACAGUGUACGGCACGUUGGCAACUUCUGGUCUCCCUCUCAAGGAGGAGCUUUGCGUCCACAAGGAGGAGCCCCUCCAAAGCCAUGAAGGGGCCGAGGAAGUCGUGAAGCCGGGGUGCACGGGCAUCACCAAUCCUUAUGGACGCACGAAGUGGAUCUGUGAAGCCAUAUUAGCGGACCUUGCUGCCUCUGACCCUGAGUGGACUAUUGUAGCUCUGCGGUACUUCAACCCCAUAGGUUGCGACGAGUCCGGUGUUCUGGGAGAAGACCCAAGACAAAUCCCUACCAACCUCCUGCCCGUCGUUGUCAAGGUCAUGACUGGAGAGUAUAAGGAGCUCCAAAUGUUUGGAACCGACUGGGACACAGAGGACGGCACGGCCGUCCGUGACUUCAUUCACGUCACCGAUCUUGCCCGAGGGCACAUUGCGGCACUUGGUGCUGCUAAUGAUGGACGACUUGUCGAGAAUUUCCGCACUUUCAACCUCGGAACCGGGCAGGGUCACUCUGUCAUGGACGUGGUCAAUACCAUGGAAAGUGUGUCAUCCAAACCCAUCCCACGGAAGGCUGCUGGCCGUCGUGCAGGAGAUGUGGGCUCCUGUGUUGCCGUGGCCACUCGGUCGCAAGAAGAGCUUCAGUGGAAGACUGAAAAGACACUGAAGGAUGCUUGUGUCAACUUGUGUAAUUUCCUGGAAGUUAGCGGUCUGUCCUCCUAG